AUGUCAGCUCUCGAAACCCUCCCGGUUGCCGCGGCGCUGUCGGAGUCUCGCUCAAGGGAGGAAUCAGAUGCACCUUCGCUUCUCCAGAGGGAUGCCGUGCCAAGCGUACCCACGAGCAGUAUGGAUGUUUCUCCUGCACCCGAACCUGCGCUCUCCCUCGACACCCCCCAAUCCCAACCCAUGACCGCCACCGCCUCGUCCUCCUCACAACCCCCACCAGUCGAAAACGGUGAUGGCUCCAACCUUGGGCCAUACGGCACUCGCUCAAGGAAUCGCGCCGGUGGCGCCCGUAUCAAUUAUGCAGAGGACAAGGAGUUGGACUUGGAUUUAGAACCCACGCACAAAGUCGGUCGCACGAGUAAGAGGGCGUCGGCGGCAAACAGCGAACACCAGCCUAUGUCUUCAGGCUUCGCCGCCAUCAAUCAUCUGAACGCUGAACAGCGGUCUGAGAGCGCCGCCGCAAGUCGUCCGUCUACUCCGCUGCCAGCCAGCGCCCCUGCCCCUUCCAAGAAGAGGAAACAGCCAGGGAGUCAACAUACAGGGGCAGCACACUCGAACAUGGGUGGUGCCUCACGUUCGCGACAGACUACGUCUGUGCCUUUCAAGGGUUACGUCGAGACGAAUAUGAUGAGCUUUUCCAAGUGUGGACAGAGACUCAAUGAAAAGAAGCAACUGGUGGCCGACGAUGGGACCACUGUACAAGCAAAUGAUCACGUCUAUUUGGUUUGUGAGCCUCCAGGCGAGCCCUACUACCUUGCGCGGAUCAUGGAAUUCUUGCAUCCCAAAACCGACCCAACAGGACCCGUCGAGGCUAUGCGAGUCAACUGGUACUAUCGCCCCAAAGACAUUCUCCGGCGGGUGCAAGACACGCGUGUAGUCUUCGCCUCGAUGCAUUCGGAUACUUGUCCCCUGACUUCACUCCGUGGCAAAUGCAACAUUCAUCAUUUGUCCGAAAUCUCCAACAUGGACGAGUAUCGAAGUAAGCCGGACUCGUUUUGGUUUGACAAGCUUUACGAUCGUUACAUGCACCGAUACUACGAGGUGAUACCCACCCACCGAGUGGUCAAUGUUCCUCAACACGUAAAGACAGUUCUUGACCAACGAUGGAAGUUCGUUCUAGUCGAGGUUGGGCGUGGUCGCGAACUGACUAGCGAGAGCAAGAAAUGCACCAAGUGCGAGCAAUUCGCCAGCAAUCAUGACUCGGUAGACUGCGCCGUUUGCAAAAGAACAUACCACAUGCAAUGCGUAAGGCCGCCGUUAUUGAAGAAACCCGCGAGAGGUUUCGCCUGGGCUUGCGCAGCCUGCAGCCGAGCACAGGAGUUGAAGAUGGAUUCUCGCAAUACACCCGCGGGUUCGGACAUUGGGCCUCUGGAUGAUGAUGAUUUGAUGGAGGAUGACGACGACGACACCCACCCCAAGGGCCAGGAGACCCGCGACAGCAGUAUUGGUCCAGAGCCAAACCCACCACCGACCCCAGCACAAGUCGCCCAAGCAAAUCUCUGGCCUUGGAGGUAUUUGGGAAUCCAUGCGCGCGCAGAAGAUGCUCUAGACUACGACGACCGGAUCUAUCCUCGUGCGAGCUCCAGAUUAGGCCCUCGUCACCAAGCGAACGUCAAUGUCUGGCACGGACGUCCGGUGGAAUUGGUGAAACCUGCAGAGAUCAAGCGCAAAUACCUGAAAAACUCCCAUCAUCAGAAGGGUGGCAAACCAGUGAAAGAUACUGGCACUGACACAGACAAGGACCAGCGCCUGAAACGUCCGAAGUGGGUCGUGGAUGAACCCGUGGGUUACGUUCCUCGAGGACAGGAUGAGCCAGUUGAGAUCAAAGGCAAAAAGGAGCAUACUGCUCAGUUGAUAUUCAAGAUGCCGGAACCGGGACAGUUCUCGGAAAGGGGUGGCGCGGACUCUGUGAAACCAGAAAAUGCAGAAGAGCUGGUAGAUGACUACAUGCGAAAAGUCAAGCCGAUUGCGGCCCAGUAUAAUCUACUGGACUCCUCGGUCGAUUUCCUCACCAAAGCCAUCGAGAAGCUGCAGGAGAAUAGGUACGAUGUCGAAAAAGCGUUGGAAGCCAUGAAAGGACUUUCCUUGAGAAGUGAUCUGAAACAGCCUGAUCUGAACCGGGAGGAGAUCAAGCGGUUUGAGGAAGGAGUUGCGAAGUACGGUAGCGAACUCCAUGCUGUAUCUCGUCAUGUGGGCACAAGUGUGAAGGAGUGGCGAAUCGUUCGUUUCUACUACAUGUGGAAGAAGACCGAAAGAGGUCGACAGAUCUGGGGCAACUACGAAGGGCGACGUUCCAAGAGAGACUCGAAACGAACCGACAAAGACGGAAAUGCACCAAAGCUGUUGGACGACGUCGCUGAUGACAAGGACGAUUCUGCUUUCGACGAGGAGAAAGCGGCGCAGAAGAAGCGGGGAUUCCUUUGCAAGUUCUGUGGUAGUCAUCAUUCGCGUCAAUGGCGACGGGCGCCGGGCACGCCUCCGGGUACUCUGGUUCCUAAAGAUCAGGCUGCGAAAAACAGCAAAGACAAGAGUCAGUGGCUCACACUGGCCCUGUGUGGUAGGUGCGCAUACCUGUGGCGAAAAUAUGCCGUCCAGUACGAGGACAUUGAAGAAGUUUCCAAGAAGAUCGCAUCUUCAGGCAGCCGGGCAGCUAAGCGAAAGGUUGACGAAGAAUUGUUGCGUCUCAUCCUGGAAGCACACCAAAUGUCCGGGGAUCCUAUUCCUCCACGAGCAGUCGAUGAGGUCAACAAAGCCGGCCUGGAAGUGCCCCAGAACAUAAUACAACCCGAUGAGCCGCCGAAGAAGAAAGGCAGAACUGAUCGUGAUGGAGCGCACGGGACUCCGGACGUUGCUAUCGCUGAAAAGAAGAAGGUUCCCGAGAAGCCACAGGAGCCUCCGCCGAUCGAACCAGAUCCUCCAAAGGUCAAGGUCCAUCCAUGUGCAGUUUGCCGCGUCAUCGAGGUGCCCGGACAGGAAUUGCUGAAAUGUCGCGACUGCCGCCUCCACGUACAUGGGUCAUGUUACGGGGUAGGAUCAAAGACGAACACGAAACCUUGGUUUUGUGACAUGUGCAGGAACGACCACAACCUGCAGGUGUCGACGACUUAUGAGUGCGUUCUAUGUCCCGUCAAGUUUACGGCCCAGGAUCUCAUGGAACCCAUGAAGCCAUCCCAUAAAAGGAAGACCGAUCGGGACCGGGAAAAGGAACGCAUCGAGAAGGAAAUCAUCCAGGAGGCCAGCCGUCGAUGGCGCAUGGAACAAGAGGCUGCAGGUCGCCCGGUCAACCCCCGCGAAGCUCUCAAACGAACGGCCUGGAACAAUUGGGUUCACAUUACUUGUGCUCUCUGGACCAAGGAAAUCAAGUUUGGCAACUCCGAAUUGCUUGAUGAUGCCGAGGGUGUUGGCUUCAUUCCUCCCGAACGGUUCGAGCCGCCUUGCAAAAUAUGCAAGCAGACGGGAUAUCCCACCGUCAAAUGCCACCAGUCAAACUGCAGCGCAUAUUUUCACGUCGGUUGUGCCCAUCAAGCAGAUUACAUCUUCGGUUUCGAUGUGGCCCCUGUCAAGAGUACCCGUCGUGAUACGGUGAACGUGAUGAAGCUUCAAGGCGAGGUUGGCGUUGUCACGGCUGGAAUUUGGUGCCCAACCCACCCCCCACCGACUAUUGUGCACAACAUGCUCGAACCAACAGAGGCAGGGGUGAGUGCAAUGCAAUUGUUCGCCCGCACUUACAAGCAAGUCGACAAUUCAACCACAGGGACCGUGAGGAGAGCGGCACAGUUUUGUGCAAAUCUGCCCAGCUCUGUGCCUGUAAACCAGCCUCCGAGACGCAGCUCAGCCGCGAAUGGCGCGAACGGUGUCAUUGCGCAUGCAGAUCGCACAGGUGUCCCGAGUAUCAGGUCGUCCCCAGGGGCAGAUUCGCCACGAGAACCUGACAAUGUACCCAGUGAGACAAACAUUGCUCCAACAGGUUCCAACCAGACGAAUGGCUUGAAAAAAUGCUGCACUUGUCUCGUAGAUACCAGUCCCCGCUGGUGGCCGCUUGCUCAAACAGAGCCGGUCUUACCGGCUGCAAAUGGAGGACAGCCGGAGCUGGCCUGCGACCACGCCGCGAACGACGGUUCUCGGGAUACCCUGAUGACCAACGGCAUCGUGAAACCGGAGCCUGCUGAAAGCAAUGUGUUGGGAGCACUCGUCGAUGGCGGCAGCAAAAUCAUGUAUCAAUGCCACAAAUGCCAUGUGCUAAGGCGAACACCGCCGUCCUCUCCAUCGCAAGUCAAACCUCGAGAGAGAGUUCCUUCGGAACAAGCGCCAGAGCCAUUCGCCUAUCCACCAGCAGAACCUGCUUCGGAGUCGGUAACAUACCAGCCCCUGCCUCCACCGCCAACGGUCUUUCCGCCCAUCACUCGACCUCCAGUGGAAACACCAUCGCAGCCACAUUCGCAUUCUCAUCCCCAUGGGCCCCCAGUCUCCCAUCACCCCCAUUGGUCGAAUGCCGCCUCAGCUCCCCCUCAGUGGUCGUCUCCCGGCAUGCGCCCAGCACGCCAUCCUUCUCCCCCUCCUGUACCUCGACCUUACGAGCAGCCACCGCUGUACCAACCGGCUCCAACGCCUGAAUAUCAGUCUCCGUACAGCAGACCAUCUCAAACGUCGUCGUAUUCAGGUGCACCUCCUCCACCUCCGCCGCCACCACCAGCCACCGGUCCUCUCUCUCAGCAUUCUCCCUCUCAAGGCCCCUAUUCACUGUCUACACAUCAUCACCAUCUUCCACCGUCGCGGAUUCCGCAGUGGCCCCGUCCUCCUUCACCUCCACGCUAUGUUCCAGAAAGGGCAACAGUCCCCUCGUCUCAUCUCGGUCUCGGGCCUUCGAGUAUGUUGUCCCGACCAUUUCCCCUUGAUCCACCACGUCAACCCACUCCUGGCUCUCCCGUCAAUGGCUUUGCAGCAUCACACGCAUCGUCCGCAAGGAACUAUGGUCCAGGACUCAACGCCCAACAACCGCCACCGCCGCCUCCACCUCCCUCCGUCCCAGCUGUGGUUAGGCUGUCGCCAUCCGUGCAGUCUCUAGCUCAAAUUGCCCAAGCAGCAUCUGAGCAGACUGCACGGCCACAAUCAAGGCAGACAAGCGCGGAAAUGACGGGGACACCGAGGUUCGGCGCGCGGAUUUUCCCUGAGAGUCCCAAACAACGACCACACACCCCGGCUAGUGGACCAGUGCUUAGAGACGACAGGAGAGAUGGACCAGGUGCAAGUGCCAGUCCCAGCCUGAGAAACUUGCUCAGUUAG